AUGAGCAUAUUUGGAGUUACACCGGAGCAGAUCGACCUUAACAAGCGGACUAAAUUUGAACUGUUGACUGCUCUUCUUCAGCAGAAGUCUGCCGUGAGAGGUAAGCUACAUGGGGUUUACCUCUUAUUGUAGACAGACACUCUCAUGAGGUGUCGCGUUUGUGGUGGUACACAAAAGUGGUCUGAUUGAGUGUAAAGCGUCAAGUAGAACGGAUUCCCAGUAUGUCACAGGAAAACUGGUAUGUUAUAGCAAGUACGAUAGUCUUCCAUAAAGUUUGUUUCAAAAGUUCGACUUGCCCAUUUCUUUGGGGGUUGUACACGGUUGUCCUACUCGUCGACACCCCUUUAUUGCGAAGGAGUUGCCGAACUUCGUUUGACACAAAUGAAGAUUCGCGGUCAGUGUGUAUGUAUAGAAUACUGGAUAUGGAGAAGAACUUGCACAAACAUUUGAUGACAGCUUUAGCAUUUUGAUCAGGACAGGCAAAUGCUAGUGGGAAACGAGAAUUUUCAUCAAUAAUCUUCAGCAGAUAGCGGUCGUGGAUUUCCGGCGGAAGACGACCUUUGGAGUUGAUUGACGAUCAUUCGAACGGCUGAGUAGCUUUGAUGAAUUCGCCUUGUGUUUUACAGAAACGGGGUUUGACUUCACAGUAAUGUUGACGUUCAGCGACAGCAUUAUUAAUCUCCUCCAUCGAAAAGGGGACAUUCCGAGCCAGAGCGCGGUACGAAAGAUGGGAGACACCGGGAUGACAAAAUGGCCAUGUUGUUGUUUCUAAUCGACACUGGUAAGUAGGGCUACGUAAAAAAAAUCCUGCUGGUCGACCAUUCUGAUUCAGUGUUACAACGAUUGCGACGGCUGAAGCCUAAUUCUCGGCAACUAAUGAAGUAUCGUACUGAUCAGUGGCCACUGUGACUCGCUUCAAAUGCUUCCAUUACCUUCAAUGGUAAGGCAAGAGUUUUUUUUAGGAAUGAUCAGAUGAAUUUUAUCUGAAAAGUGAGAUACCCACUGUGAGCAGUAUACAAACAGUUUCACAGGCAGCUAUCUGGGAAAUAAGAUCAUGCAGAGGAGCCGUUUCACGCAAGGGCCUUACACGAUCCGGAUUUUGCCUAAUGUUGCGCUUGGAUACCUCGUAACCAAGAAGUCUGAUUUGUUUAACAGCAAUAACACUUUUGUCUUAAUUGAAUGCUAGUCCACCAUGCGGGACCGUUCCUACAAAUAAUGAUAUUGCCAAUGUAGACGGAUAGGAGCUUUUGAGAUCACGAGUGCUAUGCGUCGUAGUUUGCAAUAUAUUCAAUCAUUUCGCCUAUUCCUGGGGGGGAGGAGUAGGCACCUAGAAGUAUUUGUUGAUCGUUUGGCUGUAAUCGACAAUCAUCCUCUUUUGUGGUUUUUAUUGGCCACCACCAGAACCUGGGCUCACCACGGUGAUAGUGAAUGCUCAAUUACACCCUCAGAAAGAGGGCGACUAAUUUCUUCUCGUAUAAAUUGCUCAUCUACAGUGGUGUGUCUAAGAGAUUUAGCAGUGAUAGGCUUGCAGUCCGGUGUCAGUAAACAAACGGUGAGGUUCGACGCAAGCGGCAGCCACAGAACAAGGCGAGAACGUAGGUUUAGGCCCAUAAAAGGGAUAUAAAACUGGAGAAAAUCAUGUCUAAGUAAGGCAUUGGUGCACAAAUCGUUACGUUGAAGUUUCAGACACAUUGCAUUAUCCGUUAAGUGUGCACCUUUCCUUGGUGAACAUUCUUGACUGCAAGUGCGACCAGCUGCUGCGUUUUUCCUUUAUUCAAAGGUCAGAGACUGCGUUUAUCAAUCAGUUCGCCUUUUAGGAAAGGCAUGAGGACUUUGCUUUUUUAUCCAAUGUUGCCUAUAAUUUUCUGCAUAGUGGAAGUCUUGCAGUCGUCUGAUUAACUUCGACAGGAAACACUGAUUAUAUAAUUUUCCAGUUAAUGGGCCGUUUGCACUUAUAUUUUCCCUCUCCGAUGUUCGCAUCUUUAUAGCCCCGAUUCCAAUGUUUCUUCACUGAUGGAGGACUCGGUACAGCAUUUUUCCUAGGGCCUCGCAAAGGCACUUCAAAGCAGAAUUUGAAAUGACACCGGCGUUGUAAACGUUGCAACUCUCUGCAUUCGAUUAGCUGGUUUUCUGAUUGGCCGGGAGGACCUCUACGUCCUUACCCCUCGAUCUCGGACAUUAAUUCACGCAUAGGUGUGGUGAUGUCGUUUUGUUAAAUAUCAGAACACGAUGACGAUGAUUUGACCGUCGUUGCCGAUUUUAUCUACCGUAUGCCUCAGCACAGCGUGGCCGCAGGGAAAGUGGUUUGCGCGUGGAUUAUUUUGCGGUGAGUAGACUUGAGCAGCAUCUACUGCACUCUCUCCUCACUCUCCUGGGUCCAUUGUCUGAACAAAGUAAUGGUGGCCGGAGACGGGACCGGCUUACAGAAUGUAACGGCCUGGCUACGCCUGGUCGAAGUCUAGGUGGACCACCACCACCACCACCACCACCACCACCACCACCACCACCACCACCACCACCACCACCACCACCACCACCGCCAUCAUCACCAUAUCACUAA